AUGAAACCAGAUACUUUCACUUGUAUAAAAAACAAAGGUUAUGGUGAUUUUGUAAUUAUUAGAGGAUGGAGGUCUAUUGGUUCAUUUGAUUCUGAAGCAGCUAAUUCAUAUAAGAGUGCUAUCACUGCUGGAAUUACAGAUAUUGAUCUUUAUUUUUAUCCAUGUGUUAAAUGUGGAAAUGCUGCUUCUCAAGUCAAUUCAUUUAUUACCCAAGCUAAUACAAAUGGAAUUAAAUGGAAUACUUUAUGGUUCGAUGUUGAAAAAGAUUCAUGGAGUAGUAACGUUGCUACAAACCGCCAAUUCUUAGAAGACUUAUUAUCAGCUGCUCGUGCUGCAGGUAUUAAUCAUGGUAUUUAUUCUGGAUGGGGUGUUUGGGGACAAGUAUUGGGUUCUAGUUAUGUUUCUAAAGAAGCCUCUAAAUUACCAUUGUGGUUUAGUCACUACGACCAUAAAGCUAACUUCGAUGAUUAUAAUAGUGGAAAAUAUAAAUUCGGAGAUUUCACUAUUGCAAUGAAACAAUAUGAAGGAACCACUAGUAUGUGUGGUGUCCUUGUUGAUAUUGACUAUAAACCUGCUGGAGUCACUCCUGUAAAUCCAACCCCUGAACCAGAAACACCAACUGAUGGAAGUACUGACGGAAAUUCACCAUCAACACCAAGUACUGAUGGAAAUACACCAAGUGGAGAUUCUACACCAAGUACUGAUGGAAAUACACCAAGUGGAGAUUCUACACCAAGCACUGAUGGAAAUACACCAUCUACACCAAGCACUGAUGGAAAUACACCAAGUGGAGAUUCUACACCAUCUACAGAUAUUACACCAUCUACACCAUCAAGUGGUUCAAAUACACCAUCUACACCAUCAAGUGGUUCAAACACACCAUCAAGUAGUUCAAACACACCAUCAAGUAGUUCAAACACACCAUCAAGUAGUUCAAACACACCAUCAAGUAGUUCAAACACACCAUCUACACCAUCAAGUGGUUCAAAUAAUGGUAGUUCAAAUGGUUCAAAUAAUACUUCUAAACCACGAAAAACAAAAGAAGAAAAAAGGUUAUCUAAAAGAAUAAGAAAAUUAAAAAGACAAUUAUAUGAUAAAAAUGGAAAGUUAAAAGAAAUAAAAAGACUACCAGGAGAGUCUUUUCUACAUUUCUUGCAAAGAAAAGCAAAACAACAAAAAAAAAUUGAGCGAUUAGAAAAAAUGGAAAAAAGAAGAGACUAUCUUAGGAAGGUUAGAAAAGAACAGAGAAAAAUCAAUAGAAUGGAAAAAAAGUUAUUUGAUAGUAAUGGAAAAUUAAAAGAAAUCACUCAACAACCUGGAGAAAGUAAAGAGAGUUUCCUCAGAAGAAAGAGGAAGCAACAAAGAUUAUUACAACGAUAUGAAAAAGAAAAGAAGAAAGAAAACUUAUUGAAAUGGAAUAAUUAUAAAAAGUCUAAGCAUCCAUUAGCAGAGUUAAAGGGAAAAUUAUUAGAUAAAAGUGGUAAAGUUAAAAAACUUGUGAAAAAAACAGGAGAGAGUGAUGCCCAAUUUGCUAAAAGAGUAUCUAAACAAAAAAAACUUCUCAAAGAAUAUAAGAAAGAGUUGAAGAAUUCAAAUAAAGAUAAGAAAGACAAAAAAAUAUGGGAUAAAUUGAAACCAAAACAUAAAAAGAAAAAUGGAAUGUUUGGUAAGAUUGAAAGGGACAUUAAUAAGAGUAUUAAGAAAACAAAGAAAAGUAUUAAGAAAGAUAUUAAGAAGAGUAAAAAGCAAAUCAAAAAAAUUAUAAAGAGAAAGGCAAACAAAGAAGGAUUAAAUAAGAAAAAAACAAAGAAAAUAACAAAGAAACAAAAUAAAAAAAUGGAUAAAAUAAAGAAGGGUAGCAAUAACAGAUUAAAACAAUUACACAAGAAAUCAAAGAAGCAAUUGAAACAAUUGGAGAAAAAGACAAAAAUUAAAUACCAACAAGCUAAAAGACAAGGCAUUCAAAAAGCAAAACAAAUUAAACGAAAUGCAACAAGAAAAGCUCUUACCAUUAAACGUAAUACUCAAAAGAAGGCAGCUGCUAUAAGACGUAUGGAAAAAAGAAAAGCAACUAUUAAGAAACAACAGACCAAGAAGACAAUAAUUCAAAGAAGAAACACUAAAACAAGAAAAUCAGUCAAAAAAGUUACUGUCACAAGAAGAAGAUAA